AUGUCGCCUUUUUUCUCAAUUACUAUAAACGAGGCCUACAUCGGAUUAACUAAUGAGCCUCUGAAAAACAAUUAUGGAGAAAGUAAUGAUGCAAGGACAAUAAAAAUAAACAGUAAAGUAGAGCCAUUAAACACUCAAGCGUUUGGGUUCUCUAAUGUUGAAACCUCUUUAUCCCGCAUAGAUUUUCCGUACUUGAGAAUCAAAAAUGAAAAUUACGAUCCCUGUAAAAAGGAAUAUUUAAAAGCUUAUAAUUUCCAUAAAAAAAUUUAUCACAAACCUUUCGAUGCGAAAAGUAAUAAUAGAUCGUUGGAAUGGUUAGGACCGGAUUAUCUUAAAGAAAAACACUUUAAAAAUGUCAAAAAUAUUCCCUCCAAGCAAACUGAUCCUCAAGCUAGUCAAGAUAGAGUCGAUCUUGAUACAAAAACUAAAGUCCUUACCCAUAAAAAGUUAUCAUCGAGGGCAUUAACAAACAUCACCAAUGUAUGGCAAGUAGAUCAAACAUAUACUAAAACGCCAAGCGGCGGAAAGAAACACAUAAAAACUUUGAUGGCAAAUCAAUUGUACAAUUCAUUUUGGAAUCAAUUUAAAAAUAACUCUGAUCAAAAAUACUUAUCACAUUGUUCAACACCUCUUAUAAAAAAUUACAGCACCUUUAUCACCCAUCCACAAUCACAUAUAAUCAAGGAUCAAUUCAUAGACUACAAAUUGCUUGAAUAUAACCCAAAUCUAAACUUUGAUGCAAAUGACGCAUUAUCUAACAAUUUGGAACGAAAUCAUUUAAAAUCGGACUCAUCUAAUUCAAAUUCUAUCAGUUCAUUCAAUUAUUACGCUGAUACCACCGACGUUGGAAUUUACGACAAUUAUGAUUUAAGGAAUUUUUACGAAUCAGAAAAGGAGUUAUCUUCAUUGAGAUAUAUGGAUGUGCCUCCAAAUUCACCCAUAUAAAAAACGGAUAUUUAAG